UUCAUCCCCCGUAUAAAUAGGAGUAAGCGGGAACACCAUUUUCUUCAAUCGUAAAUUAGCCCCUCUAGUUCAUCUGAAUUACGCUUCUGCCAUUCUGGUUAUGUUCACUGCCGGUCACCGGAAAACUCUCUCUGUACCUAGAUUCCUCCGCUACCGUCGCCUCAGGUAAACGUUAAAAUCUAUACUUAUAUAUAGCGUAAAUGCCUUCUCCGAGAAAUCACCGGAGAGGAGGUAGUGAGGAAAAGAAUCGGAAGGGAAAGUUAUCGGAGAAAUCAAUGUCGUUUCACGUACAGAGUUCCGAGAGCAGUACGUCGGAGUUGCUGCGAAGGCCGAGAACAGUACCGGAUUUGCUAUCCGCAGGUAGAAUUUCAGCCGGAACCGGUAACUGGCCGGAAGUGAAGGACAAGUUGAAGCAAACGAAGUUGCUGUUGAAUGUUACGAUUCAGAGAAGUAUAGGUCCUGUACAUGUUCUGAUUUCGCUUGAAUCGACGGUUCAGGAUCUCAUCGCUGCCGCUCUCCGGCAAUACUCGAAAGAAGGAAGGCGGCCGGUUCUUACAUCCGUCAAUCCCGCCGAUUACGAUCUUCAUUACUCGCAGUUCAGUUUAGAAAGUUUAGACAGGGAGGAGAAACUGAUCGGAUUAGGUUCUAGAAACUUUUUUCUAUGCCCAAAAACGUCAAAUUCCGACGGCGCCGGUGCCGGAACAUCGUCUUCUUCUUCUUCAAGCUGUGCAAAGCAAGCUGAUAAAGCUACUGCUACAAAAAUUUCAUUGCCUUGGCUCAAAUUCAUGGAUUUCAUGCGGUGAUAGAAAUUAUACUCCAAAUCUGUCACUGUAAGUUCGAAAUCCUCAUCAACGAGUUGAAAAUUCACGUAGCUAAUUAAUCGAGCUACUAAUAUUCUUCCUAAAUUUAAGAUUAUUGUACAUUACAUGUUAUAUUUUAUACUAUAGAUUAAUUUUCGAGUAUUUAGAAUAAUGUUUUGAUGUUGUUUUGAAGUAUGAGCAGAAAAAAUAAACAUUAUUAGUCA